CCUAGCAAUCCAUAUUAAGUAUGGCAUUCCUGACUGAACUUGCCUUGUUUCCCGCCAAAGUGUGAAACAAAACAAUUGUCCGUCCUCAAGUUCUUACCUAUUCAGAGGAUUUCCCCCAACCCAACCAUAAUAACGCCCUUACCCGAACAUGGAAGGUUUUGAUAAUCCUGGUGUGUUCUUCUCGGACAACUUUUCGGAAUCGGACUCCACGGCCACCAACCCGCAGACGAGUUUGGCUCUCAAGAAGCGAUUCAAAGAGUUCCUUCGUCAGUUCUACGUGGGCGAUUUCCAUUACAAAUACCGCGAUGUCCUCAAGAGCAACUACAACCUGCAGAACUAUUGGCUCGAGAUCAACAUCGAGGACUUGUCCAGUUUUGACGAGACUUUGGCCGAUCAACUCUACAAGAACCCCGGGGAUCUCUUGCCUCUGUUUGAAGAGGCCGUCACGGAAGUGGCCGAUGAGGUCACGGCCCCUCGUCCCGAGGGCGAAGAGCAGGUUCAGGCCAUGCAAGUCACGCUCAGAAGCGAGGCUCAUCCCGCCUCGAUUCGCGAAUUGAAUGCCGAGGUCGUGUCGCGAUUGGUCAAAAUCCCCGGGAUCGUGAUCGCGGCCUCUGGUGUGAGGGCCAAGGCUACCCGUAUAUCCUUGCAAUGUCGGUCCUGUCGGACGGUGGUGCCAGAUAUUGAUAUCAAGCCCGGAUUAGAAGGCUAUGCCAUGCCGCGGAAAUGUAACACCGAGCAAGCCGGUCGACCCAAAUGCCCGCUGGAUCCGUUCUUCAUCAUGCCGGAUAAGUGUCAAUGCGUGGACUUCCAGAUCCUGAAGCUGCAAGAAGCGCCGGAUUCCGUGCCGCAUGGAGAGAUGCCGCGACACAUGUCGUUGUUCUUGGAUCGUUCCUUGGUUGAUCGCGUGGUGCCGGGCAAUCGAGUCACGGUUUUAGGCAUCUAUUCGAUUAAGAAGGGGGCCAAGACCUCCAAUAAACGCUCGGACAAAAGUGCGGUGGGUGUGCGUGCGCCCUAUUUGCGAGUGGUCGGAAUCGAGGUGGACACCGAAGGCUCCGGUCGAACGUCUCGCGACUUGCGCUUCACUCAUGAAGAAGAGGAAGAGUUCCGCCGUCUGGCCGCCAAGCAUAAUGUACUUGAUAUUUUCGCCGAAUCCAUCGCCCCGUCCAUUUUUGGCUCCAAGGACAUUAAGAAAGCCAUUGCUUGCUUACUUUUCGGUGGAUCGAGGAAAGUGUUGCCCGAUGGACUGACCCGGCGUGGAGAUAUCAAUGUGCUCAUGUUGGGCGAUCCCGGUACGGCCAAAUCCCAAUUAUUGAAGUUCGUUGAGCGUGUGGCUCCCAUUGCCGUUUACACGUCUGGAAAAGGCUCGUCCGCGGCGGGAUUGACGGCUUCCGUGAUGCGGGACCCCACUUCAAGGAACUUCGUGGUGGAAGGGGGUGCCAUGGUACUCGCUGAUGGUGGUGUGGUGUGUAUCGACGAAUUCGACAAGAUGAGAGAGGACGACCGAGUGGCCAUUCACGAGGCCAUGGAACAACAAACCAUCUCGAUCGCCAAAGCCGGGAUCACCACCACUUUGAACUCGAGAUGCUCAGUGUUGGCUGCCGCUAAUUCCAUCUUUGGACGGUGGGAUGACUCGAAAGCGGAGGAAAACAUCGACUUCAUGCCUACCAUCUUGUCCCGCUUUGAUUGCAUCUUCAUCGUGAAGGAUGAGCACGACGAGGCUCGUGACAUGAUUCUAGCCAAGCACGUGAUGAAUGUUCACGUUCAAGCCCUCACCAACCGUGAUGAAACCACCAAUGGGGAGCUUUCACUCUCAUUCAUGAAGAAGUUUGUGGCUUACGCCCGCGAGAAAUGUGGCCCGCGUUUGAGUUUGGAAGCCGGUGAGAAGCUCAAAGCCAAGUACGUUCAAAUGAGAAACAGUACCAAGGAGCUUGAGGACGAGACCCAAAAGCGAUUAGCCAUUCCCAUCACCGUCCGCCAACUGGAAGCUGUCAUUCGUUUAUCCGAAUCCUUGGCCAAGAUGGAGCUUCAACCGUUCGCCACGGAGCGACACGUGGACGAGGCUCUUCGAAUUUUCCAAGUGUCCACAAUGGAUGCGGCUAUGUCUGGUAAUUUGUCCGGGGCUGAAGGCUUCACCACUCAGGAGGAUCAAGAGCUCAUCAGUCGGAUCGAAAAACAACUCAAGAAGCGAUUUGCCAUUGGUUCGCAAGUCUCCGAACACUCCAUCCUACAGGAUUUCGCCAAACAGAAGUACCCUGAAAAGGCCGUACAGAAAGUAAUUCAGUUCAUGAUUCGAAGGGGCGAGCUUCAACACCGAAUGCAGAGGAAGCUUCUCUACCGUAUCAAGUAAAAAGGUUUCGCCCCGGCUCACUGAUUGCACAAUAUUUUAUGGUUGACUUCAGACUUGUCCAUGCUUUUCGUAAAUAAACUCAGACGUGUGAAAUGUUCAUAGUUUGUUCCUGGAA